CUCCCUGUGCAGCUGUGCCAAUGCAUCGCUGCUCUUUGGGAGAAGAAAUUCUUCCUGAUAUCCAACCUGAUGGAAGGACAGCAGCUGGAGGCUGUGUACGCAGGCUGACUGCACACCCCAGAUUUGCAAUCAGGCUCCCUCUCCCAGGUCGCCAUACGAACACCCUGAGCCUCCUCGAAGUGCUGGAGAUGAACCCAUAGCAGUGAGCAGCAGCCCGGCAGAAGAUCCCCCCGGAGUCCCAGGGUCUGCAGAGGCAAUGGCAGAGCCGCGGCUGCAGGGCGGGGGGCGAGCGCAGACCAUUUCUACUCCUUACCAAGACCAUUUUGAAUCCUAAUCCUGGCUUCCGAAGUACUUGCAGCCCGUCCCAGCCUGGUAUCAGCCGCACUUUUAACUGAAUUAAAUCUUGGGCAGACGAGGGAGAGACACCAUCAAAAUUACAGGCUAUCAAGUCCACUAAAUGUUGGAAAUGCUUUUCCAAGGCUUUUGAACUCAGAAGUGGAACAGAAGGAAGACACAGGGGGACGUACACCGUUCAGCAUUAUUUUCCUUGCACAGGAAAAAAAGAUCAUUAUGAGAUGAGCACUAAAGUCUCAAGUUUUCAAAGGUUUGCAUAACAAACAAGAGACACAUUGUGGGUUGCAUCUUGACUUUGAAGGCUUGCCACUGUCAACUGAAAUAAAAUGGCAAGGUUUAAAGCCUUAACCAAGUUCACAAGGAAAAUAUUUGGACUAAAAGUUUUGGAAAGUUUUCUCUCUUUGAAGUAGUUUGUCAUGUGUUACCAAUGUGAACUUUAUUGACCUUGAAACAUUUUUUUUUUUGAGUCAAAUAGCAACUAGUGACACUUUAGUAAAAUCUUAAAUCAACAACCAUCUCCUGGCGACUCCAGCUUUGUAGCAAAUGCAGGCAAAACAGGGAAUCUGCAGAAGAGACCUUUAUUAUUCGUAAAUGAAGCCUGCCAAAACCUUCCCGAAAUAGCAUUCAAAGACCCUUUUAAGGUCAUGGAUCCUGAACAAAGCCAGAAGAGCACAAAAAAGGCUGAGGAAAGUCCAAGAAAGAGGCUUCCCAAAGGAGAGGCUUUCCAAGCCAGUAUUUCAUCUGCAGCUACGUAUCAGGGCAGCUCCGCUUCUUCGCAAGGAACCCCUCUCCGAGAUCUCAUAUCGCAGCAGCACUUUUCUGGCUCUUUGCCGAUUCCAAGGGAGGAAUCUCAGGAGAAGACUGGACAUCAGAAGCAACCUAAGCCUUCCUCUUUCGAACACCCUCCCCACGUCUCGCAGCUUCAGCAGCACGCACUGUCACCAGCAUUCAUGUCUCCUGGGAAACCCGAGCAUGUCCUUGAAGGGCCCACAUGGCAGCUAGUUGAUCCCGUAAGACCAGGUCCCUCUGGCUCCUUUCCAUCGCCCGGGCUUCACGCACACCACGGCCAGCUCUUACCUUCCCAUUCACCGAUCAUUCCUGGAGAGGACAUGCCGUCCGUUCAAAAGGUCUACAUCCCUCGCCCUUCACAGGUUCCCUUAAAACAAGCUGAGGAAGUGCACAAGAAGGAAAAGAAACCUCAGAAGCCAGGCAAAUACAUUUGCCAGUACUGCAGCAGGCCUUGUGCGAAGCCAAGUGUGCUCCAAAAACAUAUCAGGUCACACACAGGUGAGAGGCCGUACCCUUGCAUUCCAUGUGGCUUUUCUUUUAAGACUAAGAGCAAUUUGUAUAAACAUAGGAAAUCUCAUGCUCACCGAAUAAAAGCUGGGCUGGCCUCAGGGAUAGGAGCAGAGAUGUAUCCGUCGAGCUUGGAAAUGGAGCGGAUUGGUGGGGAGGACUUUGAGGAGCCAACAGAAGGGGAAAGCACAGAUUCGGAGGAGGAGACGGGAGCGAUGUCGGGUCACCCUGCAGAGCUCUCCCCAAGGCAGAAGCACACCCUGCUGUCCAGCAGCCUGCUGAGCGCCGGGAGCCAAGGCUCCAGCCAUGACCGCUGUUCCCUGUCCCAUUCCAGUAUGUCUCAGUCGCUUGAGGACAGCAGCCAGUUUGCAGAGCCGCCAUCUGACCAAGCUCUGAGCCAUAAAUCAGAAGAUACCCACACGAUAAAGCAGAAGCUUGCACUCCGCUUAAGCGAACGGAAGAAGGUCAUAGAUGAACAAGCUUUCCUGAGCCCGGGGAGUAAAGGAAGUACUGAGUCGGGCUACUUCUCCAGGUCAGAAAGUGCAGAGCAGCAGAUCAGCCCCCCAAAUACUAAUGCAAAAUCUUAUGCAGAAAUUAUUUUUGGGAAAUGUGGUAGAAUUGGGCAAAGGACUGCAAUGUUGUCUACAAACACAACGCAGGGGUUUCCGCAUCUCUCCACCGAAGAGAAACCCAGUAUGGUACCAUUAUCUGUGCCUAGAACACAGGUUAUUGAACACAUCACUAAGCUAAUUACAAUUAAUGAAGCUGUUGUAGAUACCAGUGAAAUAGAUAGUGUUAAGCCUAGAAGAAGCUCUUUAUCUAGACGUAGCAGCAUUGAAUCUCCAAAGUCUGCUGCUUAUAGGGAACCGUUUCAGUUUGAUAUCAAGUCCGGUUCCAGUAGCCAGUUGGAUGCCUCAAAAGCGUUGACAUCCCAUGGUGAAAAAAUGAAGCCCGAACAAUCAUUGUUGUCACUUCAGCAAUCCCACAGUGCCACAGAGACAGUGCCUCUCCUAAGAAGCCACUCAAUGCCUUCUGCUGCAUGCACUAUAAGCUCCCCACACACCUUCAGAGGUAGCUAUUCAUUUGAUGAUCACAUCAUGGAGCCCGAAGUCUUAAGCCGCAGUCAAGCAUUUUCUUCCCAUCCUCGAAUGCUAAAACGACAACCAGCUAUCGAGCUACCUUUGGGAGUAGAAUAUGUCACGGAGGAGGUUAGCUCUGCGAGCAAAGAAACUGUUUCCAAACCUCCCGAGGAGCCUGAAACCAAGGAAAGCGAUCUUACCAAAAAAUCACGGAAGGGGACGAAAGUUAAAGGGUUCAUGUAUGAAUGUAACGUAUGCGGUGCUCGGUAUAAGAAAAGGGAUAAUUAUGAAGCCCAUAAGAAAUACUACUGUUCAGAACUGCAGCUCUCAAAGCCACGUUCUUCCAUUUCCCAUACCUCUUCAGAGACUGAGAAAAAUGUCAUGGAUCCUGACACAUGGCCCCAGGUGAUGCAUUACAAACUAGGGAGCACUUUGGAGCUCACCCCGCUCCGAAAACGGCGAAAAGAGAAGAGCCUGGGUGACGAUGAGGACCCUCCAGCUUUUGAGCUGUCGGAUACUCCCUCCUCCAGCACUGGGCCAGGGGCUCAGUUUGCAAACCCGGCAUCAUCUGACGUCGCUUUAAACCUAACCCGUGAAUCCAUGAAGUCACCAGCAGACCCGGGGAAAUCCGCACCUUCUGAUGUCAGUGCCAGCUUCCAUUCCAGGAACACCAAACUGGUUUCAAGCACGGAAGGCAAAGAGAGAAGGACGACCUCAAAGGAGAUCUCUGUCAUCCAGCACACGAGCUCCUUUGAGAAGUCCGACUCCAUCGAGCAGGUGAGCGGCUUGGAGGGCGAAGAGAAGCCCACACCACAGUUCCCAUCUCAGCCAACUGCGCAGCACAGCCGACCGCAUCACUCCCUGCAGCCCAAGCUGGUGCGACAGCCCAACAUCCAGGUCCCAGAGAUUCUGGUCACGGAGGAGCCUGACAGACCAGAAACAGAGCCAGAGCCUCCUCCGAAAGAGCCAGAAAAAACGGAGGAAUUUCAAUGGCCACAGAGAAGCCAAACGCUUUCUCAGCUCCCUGCAGAGAAACUCCCACCAAAAAAGAAGAGGCUGCGACUGGCAGAAAUGGCUCAGUCCUCUGGAGAGUCCAGCUUUGAGUCGGUCUCUCUCACCAGAAGCCCGAGCCAGGAGAGCAGUGUAUCCCAUGGCUCCAGCCAUUCUGUGUCAUUCGAUCGAGAAGAUCACAGCAAGACGGAGCCCAGCAGCCAGCCUCCCGAAUCCCACUCCAAGCCUCCAGGUGUUGGCUCCCACAUGUUGAUGGUCCCAAGCCACCACCACCAUCAUUCCAGGGAGAUGCGGAGAUCUGCCUCUGAGCAGACACCCAAUGUGUCCCAUGUUUCCCAGAUGUCGGAGACCCGCAGCAAGUCCUUUGACUAUGGGAGCUUGUCCUCCACACCUGCCUCCACUCCCGGCCCCUCCACCUCCUCGGCUCCCCAGGAGAGGAGGAAAUGCUUUCUUGUGAGGCAGGCAUCCCUCACCAGGCAUCCGGAGCACGAGCCAGACCCAGCCCCACCAGGCCGACCAGAGGCAGAAGACCCAAUUCCUUCCUCGAGCAAAUCUCCCUCGACAAGUUUGCCCCAUCAGCCGCCAUCUUCAUCCCCUUUGCCCUCUCACGGUACCUACCCAAGCGAUAAGAGCCAGCCGAAAGACAGCCCCCAGCCUGCAUAUACCCAGCCCUACACAGAAGCCCUGCAAGUCUUCCAUCCCAUCCCCCAGCUAACGCUGCACGAAAAGCAGUACCUCUCCCCACAAGUUUCCAUCUUCCCCUACCAGCCCCUCCUGCCCCAGCCGGGGCAGCCUGCGGAGCUCUUUGCUGCACACACCAUGUCCGACCUCCUCUCUGCGCAGCUCACCGUGCCCCAGCUUCCCCCUUCCAUCUUCCAGACCCCUCCGCUGCCCCUCCAGCAGACGCUGCUGCACCCGGGCCCGCUGCACCUUGCUCCGCCGCUGAUACCGCACCCCACCGAGGUGCCCUUCAGGCAGCACCCCUCCUUCCUGCCGGUGCACUACCCCAGCUCCUCGCCAAUCUCCUCUGCCUUUUUCUUGCCUCUUCAGUCUCAGUUUGCUCUCCAGCUGCCAGAAGCUGGGGGACAUUUACCACAGCUCAAAUCCAGUUUAUUCCCAGCAGCAGGGACCUCCAGCCUUUCCCCGUGCACAGAAUACAGCUCGGACACUCGCUUGUACCCCCUGACCCGCACGACAAGUCCUUCAGUGCCAGUGUCCACAGCUCAGCUCAUCGUUCCCACGCGGUCGGACCCUGUGGUGUCCCUCGUGGUCCCCGUCCGCAUUCAGACCAACAUGCCGUCCUAUGGGAGCGCCAUGUACACCACGCUUUCCCAGAUCCUGGUCACUCAAUCCCAGUGCAGUUCCUCUUCUAUCGUUCUCCCCAAAUUCGAUGAUUGCCAACCCAAGGGCACCCUGGUCUGCAGUGCUGAUGUGCACGGCCUUGGGUUUGAUCUAGCACAGAUGAUCACAGAGGAGCAAAGGAUUUUCCAGAGCCCGUAUCUGAGGGUGCCCUUACCCCUACCGGAGCGAAAGGGCUGCAUCCCGCUCACCUCCCCAGCAGACAGUGUCCUUGGGCUGGAGGGAGGCCCGUCCACCGUUGGUGGAAGCAAGAGGAUGCUCUCUCCAGCGGGCAGUUUGGAGCUGACGAUGGAAACGCAGCAGCAGAAAAGAGUGAAAGAGGAGGAGGCGUCAGAAGCAGAGGGGAAGUUGGAAGUGGUGAAGCCACCCAGUGCAAUAGAGGAAGGGAAAAAGCAGGAUAAAGCUCACUUUCUUACCGAAAGCCAAGGCAGGGUUGAGGUUGAAACACCACCUAGUUUGUCCUUAGAGCAGUCGGAGCUAAAGGAAACCCCAAGUACUUUGCAGCAAGCCGUGUCCCGGCCCGGUUCUCCAAGCUUUGAGGCGCUGGACGAGUAUCAGCAGCCAGCUGGCAAGCAGCCCCUUGUCAAGGCACCUUUACAAAGCGUGAAGAAAGAAGACUCCAAAGAGCCGGUGGAGCAGCCUCCACCAAGCCCUCCAAGCCCUGCACCUCCGUCCGAGGUCCCUUCAAGUGCAAUGAAGUCUCGAGAAGGUACGGAUAUGAAGAAGGUACUUCAGUUCCCCAGUCUCCACACAACCACUAAUGUCAGUUGGUGCUAUUUAAACUACAUAAAGCCAAAUCACAUCCAGCAAGUCGACCGGCGGUCUUCAGUAUAUGCCAGCUGGUGUAUUAGCUUGUAUAACCCCAACCUUCCGGGUAUAUCCACUAAAGCUGCCCUGUCCCUCCUGAGGUCCAAGCAGAAGGUGAGCAGGGAAACCUACACCAUGGCUACUGCUCCACGGCCAGAGGCAGGCAGGCUUGUCCCGUCCAGCUCCAGGAAGCCCAAAAUGACAGAGGUUCAUUUGCCUUCGCUCCUUUCUAAUGAAGGUCGAAAAGAUAUAACUAGAGCUGAGAAGGAAGAGGAUAAAAGAGGAAAACCAGAAGAAGAGGCUGCUGUAACCAAAAGAGGGGAGCCAGUCAGGAUCAAGAUCUUUGAAGGAGGGUACAAAUCAAACGAAGAGUAUGUGUAUGUGCGAGGCCGUGGAAGAGGGAAGUAUGUAUGUGAGGAGUGUGGAAUUCGCUGCAAGAAACCCAGCAUGCUGAAGAAACACAUUCGCACGCACACAGACGUCAGGCCAUAUGUCUGCAAGUACUGUAACUUUGCUUUUAAAACCAAAGGGAAUCUGACUAAGCAUAUGAAGUCAAAAGCCCACAGCAAAAAAUGUCAGGAGAUGGGCGUGUUGGUAUCUUCACUGGUGGAUCUGGAAGCCGAAGAAGGAACCAGUGAAGACCUAUUCCAAGACUCUGAGGGGCGGGAGGGAUCUGAGCCUAUUGAGGAACACCAGUUUUCAGACCUGGAGGAAUCUGACGAUGAUGAUGACAAUGAAGAUGAUGAAGACGAGGAGGAAGAGGAGAGCCAAGAUGAACCACCCUUAAAGCUGCCGGAAGCCAAACACCCCGCCCCACCGAUGCAUUCUUCAGGUGGCUCUCCAGCUUCUCAAGAGGAAGGCACAGAAACAGCAUCGUCCUUAGCCCAAGAAACUGCUUCCAGCAGCCAAAAAGUCGGUGAAGGCCAGCAGGGCUCCUCCUGCGGGCUGGAAAGCAGGUGGUCAGCAGACAGCAGCGACAUCGCCGUGUGCCACAGCGCCCUGAGUCUCCACAGACCAGCUCUGACUUCCACCGAACAAUUGGCUUCUGCUGAAAGAGAGUCUGUCACCAGGCCACCCAUGUCCCUAGCCAUGGAACUGUCAGCCUCAAAAGACACCUCCCCAAGGAAAAGGUGGUCUCCGAGCCAGGACUCCAGCAGAGCUGGCGGCAGCAGCAGACCAAUGCUAGCGAGAAAGCACCUGUUAACCAAAAAUGAAACUUCACCCAAACGUUUUUCACCCACCGGGGAGAUGUCUCCUCUGAGGUGCCUGUCCCCAGGGAGGGGGCUGUCCCCAUGUCCACGUGUCUCUCCCAGGAGGGAGGCAUCCCCGCUGCGGUGCGCGUCGCCGAGGCUCGAGCUGUCGCCCAGCAGGCAUCUGUCCCCCAGGAGAGAGCUGUCCCCUAGAGCGUACCUUCCUCCCGAGGGAGAGGCCUCAUCUCCCAGCAGAGAGAUGCCAUCGGGCAGGUAUUUAUCGCUGAAGAAAACCUUGCCCCCGAGCUGCUCGGAGGCACCCAGGUACUCAUCUUCUGGCAAGGAGGACGCGCCUGGGACGAGCAGAUCAGCAGCAGAUGACAAAAUUCAGAGCUCAUAUCAAGCCCAGCAUGGAAUAUUAUCUUCGAUGCCUCUACCUCACAGGUUCUUUGGCAAAAAUGUACAGCUCUAUGAAUCCAAGCUGAAGAUAGAACCCAGGAGCCCACCACGCUCACCCGGCACCAUGCAGCCCAUCUGCUUCAGACCCUUGCAGGCACCUCACGAACUUCACACCCACAGCCGAGGAGAAGAGAAUGUCUUCAGCCACCUCCCACUGCACUCGCAGCAGCUCGCAAGGACCCCGUACCCCAUGAUUCCCAUCGGGGGCAUCCAGAUGGUCCAGGCCAGGCCAAGCACCCAUCCCAGCCUGGUGCCCAGCUCUGUAAUGUCCCUGCCAGGGGGACACUUUUCACCUGGUGGCAGUAGCUUUGAGGAGCCAUGGGUGCCACGGGAACCUUCAUCUGCAUCUGUCUCCCCGGUGGCAAAAAUUUCCAAAUACGCGCUGUCCCCAGAGCCUACAAGCAGCGAGUGCUUGGAGGAGAAAAUGAGGACUAGUGAGCUUAAGCAAAAGCCAGACCCGGAGGAAUACAGGGUAAAAGUGUUUGCUGAGCCCAGCCCUGCGGAGCAACCGGGCCGCUCGGCAUCCCCAGCCAACCCCAGCACCACCCGCCAACCCUCUCCAAAGCCUUCGACGAGCGGGGACAACCCCUUGACUAACCCGGGCGAGAAGCAAUGUGGCAGCUCGAGCAGCCCUUUGGAAUCACCACACUGCACUUUCACCUCCGAGCUCCCAUCCCCGCCGCCGCCCCGCAGCCCACAGCCCUCCGGAGAGCCCCGCAGAGCCCCCAGGAGUCCCCAUGCAGAGCCCACAGGCGUAGGUCACGCUCAGACAGAGGCGGGCGACAGCACGGGCAGUGCUUAAGCCCCCGCCAUCUGUUCCACCUUUAGGCUUCCUAUGUAAAAUCAACAGACAUUUUCAACACUAUUUCCUUUAGUAUAAUCAUCGCUAUACGAAGCACUCUAGUGAAUGACCAAACCCAUGGAAGUUUCCUGGUUUUCUUUGUCCUGGUCUGGUAUUAUCUCCACAUGUAUGCAGUUACUUGUGCCUUUUUCUAUACCUUUUGUUGCUUGAAAUGUACAAAAAUGUUUGAGGCUGUGAAUAUUUUUUUAGAGUUUUUUGGAAAGGGGUUUGUUAGACCUUGUCUUUUUUGCCAUUGAGGUGUGCGUUCUUAUGGGCCUGAGAGAUGCAGAAAGGAAAGGGUUAAGCAUUUUAAGAGGAAGAAGAUGCACUGAAAACAAAAACAAAGAAAAGAAAAACUUUUUUUUUUUUAAUAUUGAUUCAAUGAUUAAAAAGAAAACCAAACCCUCACUCCUGUGUACAGAAGUUUAUGAUUCGUAUUUAUUACAUGCUUUAUUUAAUUCUCGCAAAGUGCUUGUUGGUUUUUUUUCCUUGCAUCCCUCUGAUUGCCUAUGGUUGUGCUUUAAACACUUGAGACUGCUUUACAUUUGAGAAACGUGUUUACCCUGAACUUGUAAAUGAAGCUAGCACUUCCUCAAGGAGGGGGAGGCUGUUCACAGCGAGAGAAAUUGUCGCUCCAGGAGAAAAGCUCAUCGUGAACAUCUCUCCCUCCUGCAGAACAUCAAAGCACUUUUUUUUUUUUUAUUAUUCAAAAAAAAAAAAAAAAAAAAAAAAAAAAAAAAGGGACACACAAAAAGAUAUAAAUUCUUCUUCAAAGAUUUACCUGCAAGAAGGUAGGAAUGUAUCGAAUGUAGCCCAGUGCUGGGCUUCAUCCCUCCAUCCCCAUCACUGUGCCCAGAGCCCUCUCCAUGGUCCUGGAGCCCUUCUACCCCUGGCUCUGAGGGAGGCUCUCACCCCGCUGCCAUUUCUCCUCCCUGGUUUUUAGGUGGUGGAUGAGCUGCUCCAUCCCAUCCCGUGGGUUUGCUCCUUGAGCUUUAGGGAUGCUGGAGGAGACGGUGCUCUGCUUGAUGACUCCGUGCUCUGUUUUCUUUGUAUUUAUUUAUUUAAGCAGAACAUCGCCACGUCGCCCUCAUUGAGCAGACGGGCUCUUGUGGGGUGUUUUGUAAGGAGAAGUUACAGCGCUGAGUGCUUUGCAGUCAGCGUGUUCUGCAUGAACGGUGACUUUUCCAAGAGCAGACUUUCCCCUCUGAGCUCCCGUAGCAGAGUAUUGGCCCCACUGCCCUCAGAUACCAAAUACAGAGACCGACGGAGUCGCUCCGUCCAUGUGCUUUGAACCAUGGCCAUUGGGUUUGUGGCUGCCCCAGUGGACAGCAGAGGGUUAUCAGAAGGUUUUCUGGUCUAUGAAAUCUGUACAGACCCCCUUUUUUUUUUUUUUUUUUUAAAUUUUGACAGCAACUACAACAACAACAACAACAACAACAAAAAAAAAGAGAGAAAGAGAAGAUGAUAUAAAUAUUUAACCAGUGGUUCAGUUCUAUCUUCUUUCAGAGCUGUUCCAGUUUAUCGGGUACGUAAUACACUUUUUAAAAAAACUAAAAAAAAAAAAAAAAAAAAAA